AGGAAGAGGAGGAGGAGGAGGAGGAGGAGGAGGAAAAUAAGAAGCAAUAGGAAGCUGAGCGGGUGCUAUUAGAGAGGGAGGAAGGUGACUAACAGUGACUGUCACUCAGCCUACUGCAGCCUGUAGGUGGAGGGGGGGAGUGCCGCCACAGCCAGUGAGACGGCACAUGAACGCACUAGUUGGUCGGUCCAGCUCGCCAAACAACUGGCAACUGUCACGGAGUGUGUGCAGUAACACGUGGAGGAGCAGAUCCGUCUUGGCUACACUAUGUUGUCUUUGGGAUAGUUGAAGAGCUGCCGAUUGACAUCCACUAUUGCCAGCAUCCCGAUAUGUAGCCAGCAGCACAAGCAGAGCGUUUUCCCCCCCUCAUCCCCCCCCCCCUUUGUGAACUCCAUUUCAUCUUAAACAGCUUCCUCUACCUCUCGGGCUGGACUGCGGUGCAUUGACGUCGGCUCGCCCUCCGCUGCCCCCUCGACCCCCAGCAAUGGCCUCGCGCAUUGGCCUGCGGAUGCAGCUGAUGCGAGACCAGCUGCAGCAAGAGGAGCAGCGCGAGAGGCAGCAAAUAGAGCAGCAGAAUGCAGCCUUGCAAUACAUGCAGCAUUGCAUAGCUGUUCCACCUGCACCCACGCCAGCCAUUAGCACCCCACAGCAUCACCAAAGCAUGCAGGUCCCUGUGGAGGUUCUUAAGGUACAGACGCACCUCGAGAAUCCAACAGACUACCACAUCCGUCAGUCUCGGAGGCAACAGGUGAAAGAAUACCUGUCCACCACCUUUGCCACCAAACAGACGAUCCAUGCAGUAGCAGGUCUCGUGCCGCCCUCUCCCCCCACAAACAUGGGACCUACCGGGGGUUCAGCGUCGGCCCCCCCACCCCUUCGCUCACCCCACAUGCGCACCGAGCAGCUCAUGUCUGGAAACAGCGCCCCCAACAGCCCCAUGGCCAUGCUCAACAUCAGCUCCAGCCACGAGACAGAGAUGGAUGAGGUCAUUGAUGACAUCAUCAGCAUGCAGUCCAAUUACGACGAUAUUCAGGCAUACAUUGACCCUGUCCAGAUGCCUAACACGCUCCCCCUUUCUACCAGUCACCUGGAUGUGUAUACAGGUCCGGGAAUGAAGGGUCCAGCCAUUGCUAUGACUAGCAACUCCUGUCCAGCCAACCUGACCGUCAAACGAGAAAUAUCAGAAGCCCGUGCCAUGGCCAAGGAGAGACAGAAGAAAGACAACCACAAUCUGAUUGAAAGGAGGAGGAGAUUCAACAUCAAUGACCGUAUCAAAGAGUUGGGCACCAUGAUUCCCAAAACCAAUGACUGUGUGCAUAGUGAUAUGCGCUGGAACAAAGGCACUAUACUGCGGGCGUCUGUAGAGUACAUCAAACGCAUGCAGAAGGACGCACAUAGAUCCAGAGAGGUGGAAAAUAACUUCAAAAGGAUGGAGAUGGCCAACAAACAGCUGAUGCUACGCAUCCAGGAGUUGGAGAUGCAGGCUCGUAUUCAUGGUCUGCCCAGCCCCUCUCCAUCAGCCCUGAACCCGCCUGACCUGAUGGGUUCUUACAUAAAACAAGAGACCAGCCCAGAGGAGAACCUCUCUCACUCCAUGGCACAAGCCCAGCACCAUCCCCAGCACCUACCCCAGAACCAGGGUCAUCCACAGGUCCAGCAGCACCACUUCCUUCAGCAGAGCCAACUCCAUCACCAGGGCCAGGUUCAGCAACAGCACAGGCAACUGCAACAGCUCCCCCAGCACAUGCAGCAGCCCCAGCCACCUAUCCAAUUCCCAGCGGUGGGCAGCUCCCAGCCAUUUGACUUUACCCAGUCGCUGGACUUGUGUGAUGGGAUACCCAACUUCUCAGACGGCAUGUCGGGGCUAGGCGACCUCGGUGGACUGGACGUCCACGGGAGGAGAGGCGAGCUGGGCUUUCUGAUGAUGGACGAGCCCUUGUCCCCCAUGGGAGGAGACCCACUGCUCUCCGCGAUGUCGCCUGAAGCCUCGGUGGACUCCAGUCGCAGAUCCAGCUUCAGCAUAGAAGAUGGAGACAUACUGUAGACACGUGCACGCCGGCGCACCCAUUCAGUCACACAAAAGUGAGCACAAGCACAAUGCGGAGGGGUUUGGAAAUGUAAAUGUGAAAAUGUAAAACCACUUUAGAAAGUAACGGUACGUCGCCCACAAUUUGCACCACAGACAACAAAAAGGAAACGGCAACCAGACAUUUGCCUGCCACACACCGAGACACAUAGUCUUCACCUCACACUGUUUGAACGUACACCAAUGACACUCAUUUAUGGCACAGUUACACCCCGCCCACAAGCAAAAGAAGGUAUACAACCAUCAUAGCCUACACUUAAAAAUGAUUCGUACAAUGCAAACGUGUGUGCGCACACACACACACACCCACAAGCGCAUGUGAAAUAAACCGAGGAGCUUGAAACUUUGCCCAACAAAGCAUUUACAAGAGGUGGAACAACACUGCCAGCUCAGGAGUGAUAUUGCACACUCAGCCUUGUUUCCAUAAAGGUUGCUCUGAAUCACAAUUGAACAAGGGACAGAACCGGCAGUUAAAUAGAUUGAAGUUAUUAGAUACAAGGACAAACCAGUGCAUUGUUUCACUUGAUAGAGGGCAAGUUAUUUUCUCCUUACAUCAACUUCUUAUAGUAACCAUAAUCGCUUGAAUGAACAAUAGUGAAUAAAAUGGAAACCGCUCCAUGGCCCUGCAUGCAUAAUUCAUCUUAAGGGGAUGCUGUCGGAUCACAUUGUUCUCUUCCUCAAUGUGUUAUUCUAGUGUUGCCUUUUGCCUCUAGCAUCAGCUGUUUGGUCGUUGAAUCAGAACUGUGAUAGCCUUUUAAAGCCAAAGUGUAUUCUUCAAGUGCCCACAUUUUAGAAAACGUUGGAAAACUCAGAGCUUGAUAAUCCAGCUUUUAGCAAAGCCCCUUUUAAUUUAUUGCAUCUACCCCACUUCCGGCUUUAGUCGUUGUGAACUCCGAAACACACACUGCUGUCCCCCUGUUUCCACACCUUUAACACUUGACGCAGUCAUGAGCUUUACUGUGGAGGAAACAGAGAAAACAUUUGGAUGGCCUUCAGAAUACAGCGUGUCAUCCUAAACUGCGAGGUGUCAAAAUACUCAGGUACUGUAACAGAAUCCACCGGGCGGAUCACCAGUAGCAGAUGUUAACCUGAACUGUGUCCGGCUCAUGGCCCCUAUCAGUGUGCCUUUUCAUUUUUGCAGCUGCUGCUCCACAAAUACACUUUUUUUUUUAUAGAUUGGAGAUCACCACCAGUAUUUCAUAUGUAAUAUGAACUUUAAUGAUGCUUGUUGAUGCUUACGAGGUUUGCUUCUUUACCAUCUAUCGCAGUAUUGAGGCAGGAGACAAACAUUACCUUUUUAUUUUCCCAUUUGUCUCUUUAGGAACCAGCUUGCUUGCGGGCCCCAGUUGAAGGAAAUGAAUUGACAGGGUUCGAUCCCGUAGAGCAAAAAAGUGCAGUUUGUCUCCACUGACAGCGUAUGUUUCGUAAUCUCCACAACAACCAGAACCAGCAUGCGUUCACCGUCUCACUCUUCACAAGCAGGCAUGCAUUAAACGUGCACAGGCUCACCCAGGGGUUCGCAAACAUGCCUCCAUAGUGUUCAUAUACAUUCAAUACAUACAGUGCAGCCUUGAGGCGGUUUUCAAAUCGUCUCCAGCGCUUCGGUUUCCCCCUGACGAGUCGAUGGGUGAUGGCGGCUGCAGAAGUAAAGCGCCGCGUUUCAAACUGCCACCUAAAGGGAAUCUGUUUUCCACUCGCUGCAGCUGUCACAGUUCAGGAGGGCUGAAGGGGAACUGAUUUUUAUCUCUGCUGUGGUAAACCUGGGGCUUGGCUUUGAUUUGAUAUAGCUUAUGAUCAGUACUGAUUAAUGGUAGAAAUACAUGUUUAUGGUGAUUUUGUUUUUUGUUGAUUAAAAUAACUGUUUGUUUUCUUUAUUAUAGUUUGUUGUUUAUUUUAUCUCUCAAAGCACUGGAAACUGCAUUAUUAUUUUGACUUUGUAAAUGAAAAAUUACGGAAUCAGAUUUAUUUCAGUAACUUAAAUGUAUUUUAUUUGUAUUUGUUGUUUUAGAUCUAUUACAUUUUUAUUCCAAAACUACCCUUUCUUCUCAGAGCUAUUUUCCUUAAGACCCUGAAAAGGCACAGCGAUGUUUUAUUGAUUGGGGAUUUACAGAACUGACUUUAAAGAGAUGAAGAGAUUAUGUACAUUUGCAUUUUUAUAUGAUUGGGUUUUUGUUGUUCCCUCUAUUUUAACUUUGAAUUUGGGAGACAGAGAGAAACUUGAUGAUUUGAUUUGAUUGAAUUCAAAUUGCUCCUUUGAUGAAUCUAAGCUUCACCAAUGGUUCUGGUCGGACUUGAGCAGGUUGCCAUGCCCCUCGUCCUUCCUGACUUGGUUUCCAUGGAAACUAGAAGAUGACCGACUUCAAAUAAACUGAGCCGUGGAGGUAUGGUUUCCAUGGCUUGGUGUAACUGACUUCAUCGGUCGCUGUCUUUCUCCCAGAGUUGUGCCUUUUCCCUGUCAGCCACAGUUUGACUUUAGUUGCACUUUCACCCAGCCGACACUCCAAAGAGCUGCUUACGCCUUCUCUAUUCUUCCACUAGAGGACGCUGUGCAAAGCAAACUACACAGGGACACUUGGUUAUGAUUUUACUGAGAAUAUAAAAUGUUUUACCAAAAUCCA